CAUGUCCCCUCAGUGCCGGUAGUGGUGCUGUGAGUCCGCCGAGCUCUGAACUCUAAACCCCCGCAGAUCUGUUCAAUGAGAGCAGACGAUAACAUAAUAUAGAAAGUACAUUAGUGAUCGCUUUAACGGUUCACCGCCUCAACGGGAAAUAAUAUUCCGUAACAUAAGGAAUUCCGAUGAAUAUUCGGUGCAGUUGAUGAUCUGUGGCGUUUAUACAGUCUGUCCGGAGUGAGACCCCGUAGAGGCUGAACCCACUGCAGCUGAUGUUCUCAGGGACCAGAGUCACGUGAUGUACGAAGGUAAACACAUCCAUUUCUCAGAGGUGGAUAAUAAGCCGCUGUGCUCCUACAGCCCCAAACUCUGCAAGCAGCGCAGGUUGAACGGGUACGCCUUCUGCAUACGGCAUGUUCUGGAGGACAAAACCGCUCCGUUUAAACAGUGCGAAUAUGUGGCCAAGUAUAACAGUCAGCGAUGCACCAACCCAAUCCCCAAAGCAGAAGAGCGAAGAUACUGUAACAGCCACCUGCAGGUGCUUGGCUUCAUCCCGAAGAAGGAGCGUAAGAAGAAGCAGGAUGCUCUGGAGGAGGUUCGUGCCCGUGCUCACGUGGAGUCUGUGGCUCUGAACAUCACCGUUCCCUCUCUGGCUCUGAGAGACACUAAUGGGCUGGAUGGCCUCCCUCCGUCUCCGCCCUGCUCCCGUCUGACUCCGAUGCCCCUCUCGGACUCCGACCUCCUCGACCCCUUUGCCUUCUAUGAGGAGGACACGGACGGAGAGGAAAGCGUGGUGCAGAAGAGCUCCAGCAAGAGGAAGCUGCCCAACAGGCCCGUGAUUGGCCUGAGGGUUACCGCCCGGGACCCAGAGCACCGUCAGCCGGACAUCGAGCACUUUAGCGCCGUCACUGAACCCUGCACACUUCCAACCUCCCCACACUUACCACAACCCCCUCCGCCACCGGCUCCGCCUCCGCCUCAGCCCUCGGCGAGGCUUGUCCAGCCCCCUAAACAUACAGAUCGGCCCGCUUACGCCCAACACGGGACAGUGCAGACACUGCUAUGCAAGCCAGCUCCAUCUCAGACUGGGUCUUCUGGUUUAUCUGGUCUUCUCCCAUCGGCUGGGGUUCAGAACCAGCCUGUUAGCCGGAGACCUGUCCCUGCUGCGUCCCCUCGCCCAGCUGCUGCCCAGGACUGCCCACCGCCCUGCGCCGUGGCCAUGCGCCCCACUGCCUUCACUGCACCCCCUGUCUGCCUGCUCAGACUACAGCACCUUGUGCAGCUCUACGCUCAGAGACAGAGAGAACAUGGAGACCUGUUCCCACAUCUUGGGCUAGACUGGUCUGAAGACAGUACAGAUGAUGAAGAUUCAGAGGAGCUUGUCCCUCUAAUGCCUCAGGCCUGGAGACGUCAGGAAAGAAGCUCCCAUCAAAGCACCUCCAAUGAAAAGCCGCUUUCCCGGCGGGCACGUCUGGCACAGUUAUGUACAUACCUGCAGGAGAGGUAUAAACACCUGUGCCGGCAAGACAGGGCCACCACCCGUCACAGCAGAUACCGAUACGCCUUCCGGAAAGCUCUUCUCCAUGCUGCAAGCAAAGACCCCGACUGCACUGCACAGCUCAUUCAGAAACUCAGCAAGAGCUCACAGACCUCGACCUGCUCAAGGUCUCCGGUACCACAUGAAAGGACAACGUGUACGGGAACCUCAAAGGGUCAUAGCUGCAGCAACAUAGCUUUGCCAUUUUCACGUCACUGUUUUCAACAUAUCCUGUUGAAUCGCUCUCAGCAGCUGUUCUCCAGUUGCACGGCACGGUUCGCUGAUGGACAGCAGUGCUCCAUUCCUGUGUUUGACAUCACUCACCAGACACCUCUUUGUGACGAACAUGCCAAGAAAAUGGAUAACUUCCUGCGUGGGGAUGGCAACAGACGCAGUCAACAGCAGCAGCUUCGGCGCCCACGUAAGAAGACCAAGCCGCCUGCACUGACGAAGAAACACAAAAAGAAAAGACGGCGAGGUCCGCGCAGACCUCAGAAGCCCAUUCCUCCCGCCGUGCCACAGGGCAACUUGCUAAUGCCCUCCCUCUCCCUGUCCACUCACCACACUCAUGUCAGGAGUCCGUCGACCCCUGAACUCAGUGCAGACGAGCUUCCUGACGACAUCACAAACGAAAUGCCUGACAUUCCCAAUGAUCUUGAGCUGAAUCAGGAAGAUUUCUCUGAUGUGCUGCCCCGACUCCCAGAUGAUCUUCAGGAUUUCGACCUUUUUGAGGGUAAGAAUGGAGAGUUGUUGCCCACCACAGAGGAGGCUGAGGAGCUGGUCAGAGCCCUGCAGGCCAUGGGGUCGUAUCCUGACUCCCUGGUGUGUUUGUCCUCAAUGGGCGAACUGACCCCAGCGGAUGGAGUAGACCACCGAACCAUGGCUGUGUUCUCUGGGUCAGGGGUCGCAACGACAGGCAUCGGAGACCUUCUAAACGGCCGAAUAGCUUCUGAGACAUUUCCCAAUCUAGAGCUGGAGGGUAACCUCCUCCACGCCCCGACAGACCAUCAUUUCCCAACGUCCCCUUCACCACAGCCAACCCAGAGCAGCGCCACCGCACCCUCCACAAACCACAGCGGUGGGUUAACAGAACGAACGUUUCCCCGAGCUCCCAAACCGGACUCGUCCCCGCCAGGUAGUCAUUACAGCAGCGAGCAUGUGCCAUCGCCCUACAGGGAUCACAUCUCACCCCCACAUGGUGCCUCUUUUCAAACCGACCCGCCUCUCUUGCUGGAGGUGCCUUUGAGUGGAGCUCCCGGGCCUCCGCGCACCUCCUGGAACAACCUCCCGCUUUCACUCACGGACCCGGCACAGUUCGGUAACCUCCUCACUGCUGAAACUCACCUGCUCUCCACCGCACUGUCCACCCCGCCCUCCACGUCCCACUCCACUAUCCUGCAGCCCACCGCUGCUCUCUCCGCUCUACCCCAAUCGGGCCUGACUAGCCUCACCUCACCCUCCUCCUCGCCCUCUUCACGGGACCUUCUCACCCCCACCUUACCUAAACUACAGCUCCCACAGUUUAGUGCAGCCUUUGGCCACCAACUGGCUUCCCAUAGUGGGAUCCCCAAAGACCUGCAGCCCAGCCAUAGCUCGACAGCGCCACCUACAGGCUUUACCAUCACUAGUGCCACUGCUGCAACUCCCCCGUUCCCGCAGAGCAACUGAGUCUGGUUAGAGAGACUUAAAGGGUUAGUUCACUCAAAAAUUAAAACUGUCAUCUUUUACUCAGCCUCCUUGGAACAAGAAGGUAGAGGUUUUGAACAAUGUUCGCUUCCUGCUCUUUAAACAGAAUUAAGUAAUGAACAAGGGCUGUCAAACUCCAAAAUGGCGUUCUAAAUUUCUACACUUUUAAACUGGUGUAUAACAAUUGGUUAUGACGUGUGAUGACCAGGAUUGUUUAGUAAUGUCUUUGCAUGACAUUUUGGCCUGUUCACAAAAAGACACGAACCAUUGGCUGUUAAAUAAUCGAUUACUUUUAUUGAUAUAACGCUUUUAACAAAACCGAUACAAAGCACUGAACAGUAUCGGUAUUAAUGCAUUCGUUCACAAAGACACAAAUAUUUGCACACUGUCAGUGCUGAUUUGGCACAGUGCAAAGAAAACUGGACUUCUGAUUGCAAAAGGUCGUUAUGCAAAACUUUAAUGAACAGACUAUUUUUGCAUUAGUUGAAGAGCAGAGGAAAAAUCCUGAAUUUUUUAAAUUCAAAAUUGUGAAGACUUAGUACACAAAUCAUGAAUCAUUUUUUAUGGAGCUUUUAUGUCCAUUCAUUUUAAUUGCACAAAGAGCAGUCUGAACAUUCUUAUCAACAUCUCCUUUUGUGUUCUUUAGAAGAAAGUAUGGCUUUAAGGGUUUCUCUUUUGGGUGAACUAACUCUUGAAUUUCCAUCGCCAGCAGCAGUUUUUAGUCUAUCUGUACACGUAUCUCUUAUUGUUACUGUUGUGAUCCAAAAGUUAUGUUCUACACUCAUAUGCCCCUUUUCCACUAAAUGGUGCUAGUGCAGGAGCCAGUGAUCUGCAGAGCUGUUUCAGAGCCGAAUCAUAUUUCUUGUGAGCCAAACGAUGAUCUGACAUUACUACAUGUACCUAAUAAUGCGCGUUACACUCUUAGUGUAUUCCAGGUUUUGAGAACUUUUUUAUUGAAUUAUUAUUAUGAAGAACAAUCAUGAUUCACGCAUAUGAUAUUUGUAAAUAAAUCAUUGUUUCAGACAGACAGAGACAAUAACGUUGCAGGAGAAGUUGUGCAGCAUGAUGACAAAUAGAAAUGUCGUUUGAGGUUGUGUGCAACUUAAUAUUUUUACAUUAUAAAGGACUUUUAACAUCCAUUUUUUUUAAAGUGGAAAUGUGCAAAAUGGUGCCAGGCACCAGCACUGUGUCAGUGGAAAAGGGUUGAUGGUCUUGUAUUUAGGCCAGUGGAUCAUAUUCUUGUCACAUUACUUAUUCCAUUAGUAUAAUGUUCUUCAUACAAGAGUAGCAGGAUGUUGUUUGGCUUGUGUCCUGUAGAGUCCUUGUGAGUGGAAUGUUCUUGUGUUUGUUGGCUGGAGAAAGAGCAGAGCAGGACUCUCUUUUUUUAUACUUGGUAUUCGGAUCAGUUUCGGGUUAAUCUGAUCACAAGGAAUUAUCAUUUACGCAUUGUCUUAAUGUGCAUUUCCUUCGAUCUUAUGAUUAAUAUGAGUUCAUUAGUGUGUCAUCAGUGGGUCACUGCAUGUCCAUGAAGAAUUGGACACACUCAUGCCCUCAUAUUUGUAUUCAAGAGAAAGUUGAUAUGAGAAAUUUACAAUUCUUUAGAAAUUUACUUGUGCUGUAUUUUUGAGCAAGCUGUCACUUAGCAAAUCCAAUCAGUUCCUGAUUGGCAAAAUAAAGUCCCGUUCUACAUUUCUUCUCAUUGGACAAGCAGUCGGUCUGACAUGCAUUGCAAUAGAGAAGAAAAUCUGGAUGCAAUGAGGUCAACUUUAUAGCUGUACAUGGCUUGCAAACUUGCAGCACAAGUAUUAAAUGAGAACGCGGUCCGGGAUGCAUUAGUAUAAUGUGAAGUGGCAUCUCGGAAAGUGCGAUUAGAUCACCAAAGACGCAUACCAAGUAUAAAAACAAAUGUCAACACUGAACUUUCAGCCAGUAGCCCAGAAUGAACUCCGGGCACAGCCAACAACACUCGUGUCAUCCAGCAGUCUUUGUAUCAGGACCGGUCUAUACUUAAAUGUGGUCUUACGAGAAUCCACCAUACGACUUGUAAUCAGGACACAAAUCUGUAUGACUGGACAGUAUGAUUCAUUGAUGGGUCUUUGCACAUGCUCAGUGGACCAGGCCUGGACCGCUCACAUCGAAAGGUUAAUUAAAGCAAUAAUCUCCUCAGCAGAGUCUCUCGUACCAGUCUUCAGUCGGGGCUCGGUGACAAACAGCUGGAUCUCAUUCUCCUUAAACGGUUUUUCAUUUAUGGCUUAACUGUUUGAUUGACGGCAAAUAUCUCGACUUUGCUAAUCUCGUAGAAACACUGACACGGAACUCUUUCAGAGAAGAGUAAGCUGAACAAUGACACUUAUUUUGCCAAAUACAUGGGUUCAAAUGUUUGUUCUUCUUCAUGGUGCUUAAUCAGUUCAGGACCUCGUUCGGUCUUUUUUUAAUACAAGAGCCCUUGGUGGCAAGGUUUCUGAGUACAGUAGAGCUGGCAAAUGGAAGGAAUGGGAGGCGGGAAAGUUGAUGUCAACUGAAAUAACCCCUGCGUUCGUUUUGUGGACAUUUGGUGCAAUUUCUAUGGAGAAUGGUUUGUGCAACCUGAUGGUUCUUCUCCAGACUUCCACAGAAGUGUCAGGUUCAAACUCAGCCAUUUUUAGUCACCGUCAGUCAGCCUUAUGCCACGUGGGACCAAUGUUCCCUGCAGAUUUCGCUUUCUCUUUUGAAGUUAAGACAGUACAACCAAGGUUUUUGGUAGAUUUUAGACACUGAACGAUUAUCUUAUAUAUUAAGUAUUAAAUAUAUUUAUAGAAUAGAAUCCUCUAGAUUGGGUUUUAUUGGUUGAAUUGAGUGGCGAAAGGUAAAUAAUGAAAUUUUAAAGAAACAUACUUGGUGGAACCGAAGCAUUUAGUGGCAUAAUGUUUAAUUAUGUUGUUUAAUGGCUAUCAAAAUUCUCGUGAUUAAUCAUUUUUUUAUUGAUUGAUGUUGUGUAUCUGUGUCAUUUCUUUGGACGAAGAGACUGUGAUCAUGUGCAACAGUAUUUUUGAUAGCUAUUAAAAAAAAAUAAGAGUCAGUGAUCGCUGAAAUCCACAGGCCCUUGUGCACAUUUACUCUAAUCCAAUAUCACUAGUCAUAAUGGGUUUCAUUCAUGAAAAACUAAGAGAACGAAAUGUGUGUAAAUUAUAUAUUUUGAAAAAAAAAACAAACAUUUUUACGUAAAUGCUGAUAAUUAAAUUCUAAAAUCCAGUGACGGUUUACGUGAGAAUGAUUUUAGAAAAGAUUCCGUGUUUUCUUGCGUAAACUGUCGCAUUGAAUAGAAGAGUUAUAAUUUAAUGGAAUCGUUUGUAAAACCGUUAUAGAUUGACGCAUUGAACUGAUUUGAAACCGCUCUGAUUGAAUCAUUCAUAGAAUCGUUCUCGCACAAGUCGUGACAUUUGUAUCGAAAGCAACGGCUUACGUAAUAAUGGUUUUAAGAUGAUUUACACGCAUUCGUUCUGCUCUGUUUCAUGAAAGAGAUCAUUUGUGUGGAGGAAUGAUCACGGGCAUACUGAAGCCGUUACUUCGUUUGAAGUCAAUCUCAAGAGUCAUUAGUAGUGACAAAACAUUGUUCGUUUUCUAGGUCAUCACAGGUUCUAAAUGACACUUCAGUCACUUGUGCAAAAGCCUGCUAUCGUUUUUUUUUUUGUUUGUUUUUUUCCACCGAUGUUCAUCAGUUGUGGCAAAAGCAUUUUUUUUGUUCCUCUAAUGAGCUGAAAUGUUGUGUGCAGUCCACGUUUUUACUGUGUUACUACUGUGUGUCCUGUGCAAACGACAGCAGGUCCGCUGCACAGAGAAACCCCCAGACAAAAGUCGCUUGCACUCUGCGUUAAGAUGGCUGACUGAUUCCUAUACUCACUGAAUGUACUGUAGAACUGUUUUUAAAAAAAAAACAAAAAAAAAAACUCAUAGGAUAAUCUAGUCACCUUUUGUUAUUGGUCUUUAAUUUGUCUAAGGUAUUUUUUUGUAUACAAAGGUUUACAUUUUUAUGUAUAUUUUUCUCGUGUAAAAAAUUAUGUAAUAUGUGUAUAAACAUUGUAUGUAAUAUCUGUAUAUAGAGUGACAAAUUUUGAUCUUGUUUUUGGAUGUAAGAAUUAAAAUUGUGUGAAUUUG